AGGUUCUGUGGAGCAAAACCUAAACGAGAGAACGGGUCGACCUCCGGAUGAGAUGUCCCCAAACGUAGCUGCUGGCCUCAUCGUUACAUCUCGCACACGACGCUCCGUUUCAAAUAUAGAUCUACGUUAAAUCAGUCAUUUUUACCCCGCACUCAGAAGGUCAUGGAUCCACUGGAUAUUCAUCCUACGGCUCUGAUGCUGUACAAUCUAAUUGGCCAUCUCGGCCGCAACGACUAAUCAUCCAAAUCUAGUGUCAAGGUCGCACACACAAGGCGCCGGACGUCGUUGUAACAUUCCGAGUCCGGAUUUGAAGCUCCUGUUACUACAUGAAAAGAUUCCGAACAUUUUGCUGGUUCAUAUCGCAACCUCUUAAAAGUUCCUACGCGAUAUUGAGAAAUGAAUCAAUCGCGUCCGUCUUUACUUACACUACUAGCUGUUUAACAUCAGUAUUUGUGAGCUCAACAUGGCCAUGUUCCCGAAGACUGGUGUUCUCGUGGAGGCAGAAGAGUUCAAAGACUAUGGCGGAUGGAUAAUAGAUUCUCAAUUUGAAGCCGAGAUGGGUUCGCCAUAUCUCCUUGCUCAUGGGAAUGGCGUGCCGGUAGCUGAUGCGACGACCUCGGUCAGCGUCAAAGACAGCGGUGAAUAUCAUGUCUGGGUUCGCGCUAAGGAUUGGGUGCCCGGACACCACCCUGGAAGAUUCUCGCUUGCUGUCAACGGAGAGGUACUUGGUGUAGAAUUCGGAGCGAAUGAUGCCGACUGGAGCUGGGAGUUCGGAGGCAAGGUGCGGAUCAAUGCCGGCGAUGUCAUAUUACGACUCCAUGAUUUAACGGGAUUCUGUGGACGAUGUGAUGCGAUCUUUUUGACUCAAGAGGCCAAAGCUCCACCCAACGGCAAUGACCAGCUAGAAAAAUGGAGGCGACAACUUCGUGGUCUGCCCUAUGAACCAACCAUUGCUGGACAUUUUGAUGUUGUUGUAGUUGGAGGAGGCUUACCGGGCUGCGUCGCGACACUGGCAGCUGCCAGGUUGGGAGAGCGAGUUGCGUUGGUCCAAGAUCGCCCGUAUUUAGGUGGAAAUGCGAGUAUUGAGAUUGGCUUAAGCCCACGAGGUGUCGUGUCCGCACUGACGGACGAGGUCUACCAACGCGACGCGACGGGAGACUUGAUCGCCCUACAACUUUUGAAGGCCGAAAAAAACGCUUCAGUCUAUCUUGAGCAUUCUGUCAUGAAGACCACCGUUGCUGGAACCAAGAUUGUGUCAAUAGAUGCCCGUGAUGCGAAGAGUGGGAGGGAAAGUCGUUUUUUUGCACGAAUCUAUAUCGACUGCUCAGGAAAGGCCAUACUAGGCCUUCUUAGUGGCGCUGAGACGUUGUUUGGUAGAGAAUCACAAUCCGAGUAUGGAGAAAGCCUUGCCCCAAAGCAGAAAGAUAACAUGCAUCAUGGCAACACUCUCUUCUUCCGCACUCGAAUGGCCAACAAGCAGGUUUCCUUCCCCGACGUGCCUUGGGCAACAGAGGUAGCAAAGGAUUAUGCCGAUCUUAGUGGACAGCUGAUGCAACCAGGACAUGAGAACGGACCUGGUCCUCGAAUCAUCAAACCUGCACAAAUUCCCCAACAGGCUGUCGCGAAGCGGAUGAGCUUGCCACUCACGCAUUACUGGGAGUACGGUCAAAAGCUGGACCCGUAUUCGCAAGGUGAGCAUAUACGCGAUCACUUGCUCCGAGCCGUCUACGGCACCUUUUCCAACGUGAAGCGCGGAGAUCCUCAAAAGUACGCCAACCUCACGCUUGACCACGUUGCUCAUGUCGCAGCACAAGGGCAAUUUCGGCGAUACAAGGGAGACUACGUCUUGUCGGAGGUUGAUAUCCGCAAUCAUCGUAGAUUCGAUGACGCUGUCGUUCAAAACAGAGGGGCGUUCUGCCUCCACUACGGGGGCCACGAAAAGUACGAUUUCCGAUUGGCAUGGUGGGAAUGGGAUGAACGCGAUGGGAGGGAUUAUGAAAUUCCUUUUCGGUGCUUGUAUUCUGCCAGCAUCUCCAACUUGAUGAUGGCUGGCAAGCAUAUCAGUGUGACUCAUGUGGCCGGAUCCAAUACGAAGUUCAUGGGAAACGGUGGCGAGCACGCGAUUGCAACUGCGGCAGCGGCUCAUUUGUGCAAGAAAUAUCGAUGCUUACCCCGAGAGCUGCGACAUCAGCAUAUUAGCGAGCUUCGUCUUUUAUGUUCAAGAAUUAGCGAGAGAAGCCUGCCAACAGCUAAGAGCCAUCUCUAAAUGAAUGACGUUUACCGAGUUGAUUUAGGCAGUUCAAUAGUAAACAAAUUAUGCUUAAGCUCAUCUGUUGGUAUUCUGAGCCAUGUGCUUCUAUUAUACGAGACUUCUUUCGGCUAAGUCAAAGCUAGAGUCCUC